AUGACCUCCCAUUGUACUGUCUGCAACCGAUCUUUUGCUAAUGUGGAGGCUUUACAACAACACCUACGCGACUCUCUAGUUCAUAAGCUAUCCUUUGAAUGCAAAAUCUGCAACCGAUCUUUCGGCACCGAGGAAGCUUUACAACAACACCUACGCGACUCUCCUGUUCACGCACCGUCGUUCGAAUGCGAAACCUGUAAUCGAUCUUUCGGUAGCGAGGAAGCUUUACAGCAACAUCUACGCGACUCUCCUGUUCAUCGACAAAACAUAGAAACCCCUUUAGACGCAUUUUUCCGCUCUUACCCAACGUUCGAUUAUGAUCCUACUCUCCCACCGAACGAAUCGUAUGCCAACUUGAAGAGACAUAUGGGCUGGCGCGAUGACCGAACCAAGUCAAUCAAUGGGUGGAAUAAAUACCAAGAGGCGCUAGAAAUGGAAAUGGAAAUGUGGUACGGUGCAGAAGACGACUUGACUGCGUGGCAUGUGCUUUGUCGCGCAAUUAAUAUCAAGCCACUUCCGAAUACGUGUGAAGAAUGCGAGCAGGCUACACGACGGACACAUGUGAACAUAAUUGAUCUGAUUGAACAUCGACGGAGCAACAAGGGAAGAGUCCAGACUUUCCGCAACGUGCAGGAGCUGCGAGCCUACACCCUGGAGACGCAAAGGGUAUAUCCCAAUAGAUUAGGCCCAAACAGCAGCGUUGUCUUAAGACACCUACUUCGGAACAUGUUUCGCGAGAAGUCGUGA